AUGACAAGAAGGUGGAUAAAACAGCAGAUGAAAGAAUUGGAGAGCUGGGCGCAGCGGAAACCAGAUAUGACUCUAACAGUAGGCUAUGCCCAGGUAGCCAUUUGCAAGCUUCCUCUCACCAAUGGUGCCAAGGUAUCUCCAGCACCAUUGCCGACCAAUUUACAGCAAGCUCUUGAGUUCACCUUGACGGCCAAGGCAAUGUCAAGACCAUUCAGUCCUAUGGCAACAGACUAA